GAGCGCCUUUGUUGCCCGCAUGCUGCCGCUAUCGAAACGGCUUCUUCUUUCAGCUUGAAGCAGAAAAGCGAAUGGAACAGCAGAAGUUGCUGGCGCACCGCAAGCGACGAAGACUCGAACGUCAGAGGCGUGAGCGCCACGUGCGUGACUAUUGCGCAGUCGUGACACAUGCACUGCAAGGGACCGUCACCCGAGUCUUGUGUGCGGCUCUUUGGAGGUGGCGAAAUGCGGCAGCGGCGAUGCCAAGAAAGGCUCGUAGCAAAGCACCUUCUCCAAAUACAGAUGCUACGACUUUGGCGAAAGGCGGUGACCAAAUGGACGUCGAGCAUGCAGGAUCAGAUCUCGACGUCGACUCAUCA